AGAGACGCACAAACUAUGACACAAACGGAAGAGCGGAACUCAAACUAAACGGUAAAUUGAAAACAAAAUCCCCACUUUAUAAUUUAGUUUCAAAUCCGUCACCAGACAAAAAGGGGAAAAAAAGAAGAAGAUGAUGGAAGUCGCUCUCGCGAGUCUCUGACACACUCCGAGACCCAAUUAUGCUCCCACUGCUCUCUCUCCCUCUCUUUCUCUUCGGUAAUCACCGUUCAAUUCUGUGGUCUUCAGUGCGGUUAACGAAUCGGAAAUUCGCUUUGCAACGGCGUCAUUUCUCAGUGUCUGUUUAAGCUGAACCGAGCAAUCUUUGGCCUGCUUCGCUCUCCGAUUGGCUGGGAUUUUUUUGGGGUGCUUCUUUCGAAUUGGUAGCGGUUUCAUUAUUUGGGUGGUAAACUGGCUAUGGAUUACGAGCCGUACGAUAGCAGUGGAACAGAUGAUGAUCUUCCUCCAACACAUCAAAACAGAAUUCCUCGAGGAGGCCGUGUUGCUGGGAAUGGAAGAUCUGCCGUGGGCUCCGUCCCAUAUCCCAGGAUAUAUGGUGAAACUGAUAUGGAAACCCAAAUCCACCAACUUGAGCAAGAAGCAUACAGUUCAGUUUUAAGAGCCUUCAAAGCUCAAGCCGAUGCCAUUACUUGGGAGAAGGAAAGUUUGAUAACAGAACUCAGAAAAGAGUUGAGACUAUCAAAUGAGGAGCACAGAGAGCUUUUAGGACGGGUUAAUGCAGAUGACGUCAUACGGAGGAUAAGGGAGUGGAGACAGGCAGGUGGCCAUCAAUCUGGCAUGCUGAGUACAGGUCAAGCUGUUCAUGAUCCUGUACCCAGUCCCACUGUCUCUGCAUCUCGCAAGAAACAGAAGAUAACCCAUUCGGUACCUUCACAAUCCUAUGGUGGGCCAUCUCCACCAUUUCACCAACCAGCUAUUGCUACAUCUCACCAGCCAUCCUCGUCGACAGCAAAGCGAGGAUCACUGCCAGGACCCAAGGCAAAGAAGCAGAAAGCUGGUACAGUCUUACCCGUUGCGUCUUCAAUGAAGCAGUACCCUCUGUCCGGUCCAAGUGGGAGGGGUCAAGUUGCGAAUAGAGUUUCUUCUGCUGCUGUUGCGAGUCAGCCUCCUGAAGGAGCAACAUUGGAUCCAUUGAUUGGGAGGAGAGUGAGGACCAGGUGGCCAGAUGACAAUAACUUUUAUGAAGCUGUCAUAACUGACUACAAUCCUGUUGAGGGGCGACAUGCUUUGGUCUACGAUAUUGGCUCAGCGAAUGAGACAUGGGAGUGGGUCAAUCUUUCAGAGAUCUCUCCUGAAGAUAUUCAAUGGGUAGGGGAGGAUCCUGGAAUCUCCCAUCGAUCUGGUUAUGGUGGAUUCGGUCAUGGGAUUAAUAGAUCUGUAGGCCACGACAGUAUUCCAAGUGUAGGACGAGGUAGGGGGGUUACAAAGGGCCAUUCCAGAAAAGAUUUUCUGCCAUCACAAAAUGGCAUUGGAAAGAAGGCCCCAGAGGAUAUAAAAAUUCUUCAGACAGAUACUCUGAUCAAGGAGGUAGAGAGAGUUUUUGGUGCAAUUCAUCCAGAUCCUCUUGAAAUUGAAAAGGCCAAGAAAAUGUUGAAGGAACAAGAACAAGCACUUAUUGAUGCAAUUUCAAGGCUUAAUGAGAUUUCUGAUGGCGAAAGUGAUGAGGGUGGCCACCAAUUCUCGCUUCGGCAGUCAAUGGAUCGAGAAUGAUUAGGGACUGGUUCUGACAGUAAGCAGCAUGGCACAUGCUCGUGGUGAUAAAAGGUUUGGAGGGUUAUAAGAUGGCCAGUGAUGAGACUAAAAUCAAACAUCUGAUAUUAGAGCUACUUUCUAGGAUAAUGCCAAUCUUCCAAUUUAAUGAAAGGAAACAUUAAAUUUAUUUUAGCUGGGUAGUAAUUUAUUUGUUAACAGCAAGAGUUCACGUAGGAAAGGCUGAUGCUGGUGUACAUUGCUUGAUUAGUGACUAACUGAUCAUGUACAAAAUUCUCACUCGGGCCCCCCCCCCCCUCUCUCUCUCUAAAACGCAAUUUAAUGAAAGGAAACAGUUCUUAAUUGUGAUGCACGUCGUGUGGUCAAAAAGGGCUCCCUUUCAUUUUGCUCCGGUGAUUAUCUCAAGGAGUAAAUUAAAAUUAAAUGUGGUUAUUCGUAAGGAGUAGAUUGAUGAACGUUGCAAUUUGAAACGAGAAAAAAUUGAUGCAGUUUGCUGUGAUCAGGCAUUGCUACCUAUAAGAAAGAUGAGCCUUUCAAUUGUGGGUAGUGUCCUUUAGAAUUUCAUCAGAAGCUUAUUGACAGUUGCAAGACAGUGGAUCAAAAUCCAGUGGACUAAUGUGGAUGUUAGUUGGGACGCUUGAAGCGGAAUAACAUUGGACGGCCUACCACUUCGUACGAUCUUUACGAUGAAGUCACCAGUAUACAAGUGCAAAUGGGAGCGUGACCUUUGAUUUUUGGCUGGCCUGGCUCAAGCUCAAGCUCAAGCUCAGCUUCGUUCGAUGAUUCGGGUGUAAAACAAAGUGUGCAACUUUGUUUAAAAUCAUCGAGAUCAAACUGUUUCGAUUAAAAUGCUCUUUUAGGGAAUUGGGAAUUUUUAAGUCCCCAACUUUUGCGGAUCGACGCCAUUAAAUAAAUUUGUUGUGCUC